AUGCCCGUUUUCGACAACCAUGAAUACCUCACAGAGGAGGAAAAGAGGCUGAAGGAGGAUCGAAACCGGACCAAGUACUGGAAGAAAUGGGGUCCCUAUGUGGCUGAAAGACAAUGGGCGACUGGCAAGUCUUCUCAACGCCCCGCCGACGGUGAUGCGUGGAGUCACUUCCCGCACGAACACGCCCGAUCUCGAACAUACAGAUGGGGAGAGGACGGUAUUGCCGGCGUUUGCGACACACAUGGCCUCCAGAACAUUGCCUUUUCUUUCUGGAACGAAAAGGAUGCCUUCCUCAAGGAACGCCUCUUUGGCUUGUCCAACCCACAGGGUAAUCAUGGAGAAAGUAUCAAGGAGGCUCACUUCCACGUGGACAACACACCUCACUCGUACAUGAAAUAUCUUUACAAGUAUCCGCAAGCAGAGUUCCCCUAUGAGGACCUGAUCAAGGAAAACGCUCGACGAGGAAGGACGGACAAGGAAUACCAGAUUCUCGACACCGGCGUCUUCGAAGACAACCGUUACUGGGAUAUCUUCAUUGAGACCGCCAAGGAAGAUGACGAUCCGGAUGAGCUCCUGUUCCGUGUUACUGCCUGGAACAGGGGUCCGGACCCGGCUCCUCUACACAUCAUCCCUCAGAUGUGGUUCCGCAACACCUGGGCUUGGGGCCGUGAGCCGGAAAGCACCAAGCCCUCGCUCCAGGCCGUUGGGGAUAAUCUGGUCAAGUCUCAGCACCACCAGCUGGGAGAACGCUAUCUCCUGCUCUCUCCCUCGCCCGGUGUCGGUCCCAGCGGCGAAGAUGUACACCCAAAGCUCAUCUUCACCGAGAACGAUACGAACACCGAGCUUCUCUACAAGGUCCCGAACAAACAGCCCUACGUCAAGGAUGGCUUCCACAGAUACAUCGUCGACGGCGAGAAGGAGGCCGUCAACCCUGCUCAGACCGGUACCAAGAGCGCAGCGUGGUUCACCUUCAACGAGGCUGGUGGUGUGGCCCCGGGCGAGUGUGCAGUAGUUGUUCGUUUCCGUUUCUCCAAGAAGAACACCGAUUACCUUGACGAAGAAGAGUUCGAUGACCUCAUGGACAAGAAGAAGGAGGAGGCCGACGAUUUCUACUACCGCAUCAGUCCCUUGCCGAUGGCCGACGACCUUCGGAACAUCCAGCGACAGGCCUUCGCGGGCAUGAUGUGGUGCAAGCAGCAUUACCUCUUUAUCUGGGAUGAGUGGGCCAAUGGCGACCCUGCUCAACCACCUCCGCCUCCUGAACGAAAGAAUAUCCGCAACCAGACCUGGAAACAUCUGCACUGCGAUGAUAUCCUCUCGAUGCCAGACUCAUGGGAGUAUCCCUUCUUCGCUGCUUGGGACACCAGUUUCCACUGCAUUACCCUGGCCAUGAUUGAUCCCGAGUUUGCCAAGAAACAAUUGGAUCUCUUCACCAGGGAGUGGUACUGCCACCCCAACGGACAACUUCCUGCAUAUGAAUGGAACUUCAGUGAUGUCAACCCACCCGUACAUGCCUGGGCGACAUUCCGUGUGUUCAAGAUCGAACGCAAGUUGUACGGAAGGCAGGAUCUGGACUUCCUUGAAAGAGUCUUCCAGAAACUGCUCAUCAACUUCACCUGGUGGGUAAACAGGAAAGACGUUGAAGGCAAGAAUGUCUUCGAGGGUGGUUUCUUGGGUCUCGACAACAUCGGCUUGUUCAACCGGUCUGAGCCCCUGCCCACUGGUGGCACCCUUGAGCAAGCGGACAGCACAGGCUGGAUGGCCUUCUACUGCCUCAACAUGCUCAAUAUGGCCCUCGAGUUGGCCAAGCACAGGCGCAUCUACGAGGAUAUUGCAAGCAAGUUCUUCGAGCACUUCAUUCUCAUCAGCGAUGCCAUGACCUUCCGCAUGGGUCAGAAGGAUGAAAAGUCGCUUUGGAAUGACGAAGAUGGCUUCUACUAUGAUGCCAUCUCUUGGGGUGGUCCCUGGAUUCAGCAACUGCCUGUUCGCUCACUUGUCGGAUUGAUCCCCCUUUACGCUACCUUGACGCUGGAGCCUGAGCUGAUCAACAAGCUUCCGUCCUUCAAGAAGCGCGUCGAGUGGUUCAUGCAAAACCGUGAGGAUGUCGCAGAGCGAACCAUGUUCAGCAUCCGUAAACGUGGUAAAGGCAACAGAAUUCUGUUGUCUCUUGUCAAUGAGGAACGCUUGACCAAGAUCCUUCAGCGAAUGCUCGACGAAGACGAGUUCCUCAGUGAACAUGGUAUUCGGUCCUUGAGCAAGUACCACAAAGAGCACCCCUUCUCGAUGGACGUUAAUGGCCAGACAUUCAAGGUCGGCUACGUCCCGGGCGACUCGGACACUGGUCUCUUUGGAGGCAACAGUAACUGGCGUGGACCUAUCUGGCUCUGCGUCAACUUCUUGCUCGUUGAGUCGCUGCAAAGAUUCUACCUUUUCUUCGGACAGAGUCUACAGGUCGAAUGCCCCGUUGGAUCAGGUGAAUAUAUGCAUCUCGGUCAUGUGGCCGAGGAGAUCCAGCAUCGCCUGCAGCAUCUCUUUGCCCGCGACGAUAAUGGUCGCCGCAGCAUCAAUGGUGGCAAUGAUGUGCUUGACUACGACGAGAACUGGCGUGAUUACCUUUGGUUCUACGAGUUCUUCGAUGGAGAUAGCGGACGUGGACUGGGCGCCACGCAUCAGUGCGGUUGGACUGGUUUGAUUGCCAAGAUGAUCCACGACACUGGCGUCUCCUGCCGUCUCCCACACACUCCCCGCACACCACGUAUCGGCAUGGCGCACUACUUCGACGACAUCUUCCACCGCCACGCUGGUGGAACGCAAACGCCCAAGACACCCCGCUCUCCCCAUCACCUUCGCCGCAACUCAACUACUCGCUCUAUUUCCGCCCGCAGCGACUUUGAAUUCAAUGGCUUGGAUGAUGACAAGGAACUCACCGACGACGAAGCCACCUCGCCAGUGGAUCGCCGCCGGUCUGUGACUAGCUCUGUGGUGGGACUUUCGAACGGCAGCGCGCGCGAGAGGGAAGAGACCGAUCAGCACCUGCAGAACUAUAUCACUUCUCAGUUGGAGAGAUUGAAGCAGGAGAGGAGUGAAGGGGAGGCAGAUGGGUUGGUGGUCCCUGGGGGUGAGGAGUUUGAAGCUACUGCGACUCCUUGA